GCCCUUCGCCGUUUGCGCCCAGUUUGGGUCGAGGGCCAGGUGGCUGCGGGGCACCGUGGACAAGCAGCGUGCCUUCGUACGAUCCACCUCCGAGCUCAACAGGCUUGCAUCGACCGCUUGAUCGCGGCCUGGGCAUCGAUGCACAGUUUCCUCGGAACUUCCCGUCGGCAGGGGCCCCCGAGUUCGGAACCAUCCCGGGUUCCUGCCUGCACCGCGAACACGAGUACAUCCCGGACCAUUUCGGGGAAAGGUGGAGGCGCACAGAGCAGCUUCCCCGCAGCCGUGUCGAUGCAUUUCGGCACCCGGAUCGGUAUAGCGACCCCUUCGCCCAGCAGAGGAGCACCGACACGCGCCCUGGUCCGCUGCGCGGCUGGGAGGACACUGGCUUCGGCGAUAGGCCCGAUGCCGGACGUUGGGACCCGUUGCCUGGUGGAGAGCCGGAUUUUGGCCUUCCUCGGCCGACCGGGGCCUCAGAGCCAACCCGCGUGGGCCGAUGGAGGCAGCCUCAGCCUCAGCCAAGCCCAGUGCAGCCCGGCUCCUUCGCUUCCUACACGCAGCCGGAGAUGCACAGGCCGUUCCAAGCUCCACCGAGCAUGACAGAGGCUUGGAACGACAUUGGCUUUGGAGCAGCCUGGGAGGCUCGCAAAGACCUGCCGCACUCUUUUGGUCUUGGUAUGCCCCCAGAGGCCAGGAAAGGACCCCCAUCCACGAUGGAUCCCCGCUUCGGGACUGCUCCGGCAGAGGGACCAGCCGUUGAGAGAAAGCCACCCAGCGCCUGCGAGGCACGGAAGGACCUCGCCGCGCCUGCGGCCGAAGCCCCGACAGUCAUAGUCAUGGGAGACGGCUGUGUCAAGGACCCUGGUCUCAACGACGCACCCCAGGCCGCAGCGCAGUCGCCGGCCAUGGCGGCAUUCGAGCGCCUCAAGGGCUGCGAGGCACAGCUGCAGUCGGCCCGGGCUGAGCUGCGCUCGACAGAAGAUGCUUUGCAGACUCUUCAGGUUAGUCCAGGGCAAGCUUGGAAUGAUCUCGCGCAGCUGGAGGCUCGACUUGACCAGCUUCAGUGCAAGGGAAUCGACUUUGUGUCGACGGAAGGCCUCAGCACAGAGGAUGAAGAAAGCGCUCGGACCAAACGGAGGCAGCUGACGAAGGCUGUGGCCAACCUGCAGGAUCAGGUCGAAGCAGUCUUCGACCGCCUCAAAAGUGCCCGGGGAACUUGA